AUGAGCACAGAAGAGUUUCAAAAACCAGUUCACACGUGGUUUUUGAAACUCUGUUCCGAUGCUCAAAUUACCCAGAGACAAUCGACAUCUCUCACCCCCCUCAGAAGGCACAGGCCUCCUUCCCACAAAGUGACAGAGCCAGUGCCUGUGGUGGGACAUGAUUACCCAUUCAAUCGCUUCCGCUGGCGCAGGACUGGGAAGAAAGGUCAUCCAGUAUUUCCUCAGCAGUGUAUGCAGAAGAACUGUGAGUGUGAAAAGGGAGCAAAAGGAGACAAAGGUGAUCCUGGCAGAGGGGAAAAAGGUGAGCCAGGACCAAAAGGAAACAAGGGCGAUGCUCAAAAAGGAGAACAUGGUGAAACAAAUAAAGAGGGAGCUCCUGGCUACAAGGGAGAAAAGGGUGAAAGAGGAGAAUGUGGAUCCCCAGGAAUAAAAGCGGAAAAAGGUUUGGAAGGUCCUCUUGGCCCUAUGGGACCUCAGGGGCCUCAGUUUUUUGUUAGUGGUGUUUAUUGCACAGAGUGUACACCACAUGCUUGGUACGCAAUGGUGCCAUCAUGUUAUGAAGGCUUGGAACACAGUAAACAAACAAGAGAAUUAGGAGCUGCAGCCAAAGAUAGCAGUAGGAACAACAGUCAUGGGGAGCAAGGCUGUUUAGGUCCCUAUGGUCUUCCAGGACAACCAGGUGUUGGACAGCCAGGACCCAAGGGUGCUCAAGGUUGAGAAGGCAGAAUUGGAUUCCCAGGACCUCCUGGAAUUCAUGAGCCAGGAUUACCUGGACCACGUGGCCCUGAUGGUCUGCCAGGUGAGAAAGGUUUACCAGGAGAGGGCAUUCAAGGCCAAAAGGGUUAAAAAGGCUCUGAAGGUGCAGCUGCUCCUCCUGGACAGCCAGGUCAAUAAAUCAAAGGAGACAAGAUGAGGCACAGAGGUGAACAAGGCCAAGUAGGGCCACAGGGCCCAGCAGGACCACCAGGAACAGGCAAUCCAGGAAGCCAGGGUAUACAGGGUCCCUAAGGAAAGCCUGGGGCUAAGGGAUCUAAAGGUUUUGGUCUGCCAGGUCCAAAGGGUCAACCAGGUGUACCUGGACAAAAAGGAGAACCAGGACAUCCAGCAACUGGGGAGCAAGGACUUAAAGGAGACAUGGGUUUAUCAGGAUUCCCAGGAGAAAGAGGGGUGCAGGGAGAUCCUGGGAAAUCAGGAAAAAAGGGAGAAAAGGGAGAUCAAGGUCCAAGAGACCCAGAAGCCCCUGGCAAAAGAGAUGUAGUCCAAAAGGGUGACCCUAGAGAAAAAGGAUCCCAAGGACUGACUGGUUCUAAAGGAGCAGAAGGCCCAGCUGGAUCAAAAGGUGAACGGGGAGAGAAAGGACUCCCUGGUGUCACUGGAUUAUCUGUUCGGGGACCUCCUGGACCAAAGGUGAUUGAUUAUCUGAUUGUUUGCUGGAGACCAGAGACUGGAAAAUUUCCAGUGCACAUGCCUCUCAAAAGAAUUUUAAGAACUAUGGAUAUUAAGGACGAGGAAGAGGGUAACCAGGGACUACCUGGAGUACCUGCACCCCAUGGAGAAAAAGGUGAUGGCCACAAAGGCGAAGCUGGACCUCCAGGACCAGCACGCCCCCCAGGACCAGCAGGCCCAAAAGGCUUGGGAGAUCCUGGACCAAAGGUACACCAUGGAAUAAGAGGCUAUCCUGGGGCCCUGGGGACAAGGAGAAUUGGAGUGGUUGGUCCCAAGGGUAUUAUGGGACAGAAAGGCUUGCCUGGUCCACCUGGCCCUGCCGGUGCCAGCGUACAAGGAAGCAAGGGAGAAAAAGGAAAUCAAGGUUUUCUUGGAGAAAAGGGAUCAAUAGGAAUUGGCCUUCCUGGACCAAAGGGAGACUAUGGAGACAAAGGUGAUCCAGGGAGCAAAGGUGCCAAAGGAGAGAUUGGAGACACAGGACCUCCAGGACCAAAGUUAAUUUGGGGAAGAAAAGGUGAACCAGGUCUUUCGAGAGAAGAAGUUACCAGACUUAUCAAUGAAAUAUGUGGUUGUGGAAUCAGGUGUAGAUUGGAACUAGUAUUUGUUACUGACGGUUCUGAAAGUGUUGGACCAGAAAACUUCAUUAUUAUAAAUACUUUCAUGAAAACAGUCAUUGACAAGGUAUCAUCCAACCAUGUUACAACCCGCAUCGGCAUCAUCAACUUCAGCCAUAAAGUGGAGCUGGUGUUUUCUCUGAAGCAAUACACAUCCAAGGAAUCCCUGAAAUUAGCUGUUGAUAACAUGCCCUACUUCAGAGAAGGCAAGUACACAGCUUCUAUCCGAGAAACCAUAUGGUUAUUUCAGGCAGCAUGCCCAGCAGUAAGGAAAGUAGCUGUUGUCAUAACAGAUGGGCAAGUGGAGAGUCGUGAAGAUGUACAACUAGACACUGUAGUAAGAAAGGAACAUGUUGCAAAUAUUGAGAUAUUUGUCACUGGGAUCGUUCAAAGGACUAAAUCUUAUUAUGACAAGUUUUGGAAAGGAAUGCAGCUCAUUGAUGAACAUGUUUACCGGAUAGAUGACUUCAUGACACUUUCAGCUCUUGAAAAUAAACUGAUCACAAAAAUAUGUGAGAAUAUGUCUGAAUUCUACACCAGAAAAGACAAUGGUUUAUCUCCAGCUCCAAGUCCAGAAUCUGAAAUUGCUAGUAAAGAUAAUAAUAACCAGUUACCUACAAGUACUACAUCAGGGACUUAUGUGCUCCCUAAGGAAGGAAUCAGUUACCCACUUAGACCACCACAGACCAGAUACACUGAGCCACUGCCAACUGCUCAGGAUCACACUGUGACCAUCUCUGCCCACAGAGAAUCAAGAUUUCCCUCGCUUUAUGACAUACAUGAAAACAGACCUCAGAGUUCAGCUGUUAAUCCUUUGUUCAAUGCAACUGCUGCUGAAGAUCACCACCUAAUUGUGCUGCAAACACAGGUAGGAACAACCCAAAAAGAUCCAAGGUGCUUGGUACCUAUGAAACCAGGGGAUUGUCAGGACUACAUGGUGAAAUGGUGUUACAAGAAGAAUGGCAAUUCUUGUGGCCAGUUCUGUUACAGAGGUUGUAAUGGUUCCAGCAAUAGAUUUGAAACAGAAAGAGAAUGUCAAGCAACCUGCUUUGAUUGAUGCACAGGUAAAUUGUCUCCAUCAAGUUAUCCUUCAAUCAUCUCAUUUUCAGGCUAAAAAGAUUUAGUCUAUUUAAAUGUAUCUCAUACUAUACGUACAUAUCAUAGAAUCAUAGAAUACCAGGAUCAAGGAUCAUCUGUUACAACCUUUCUAGGCAAAACGGGUAUGAUCUUUUAUACCUUUGAUCACUUUUGAUAUGCUUGUCUGAAGCUUUUAAUGAUUCUGAAGUGCACUUAUUAGUCAUGAAUUUAUGCAGGGGUGCAGUGAGGUUUUCUA